GACACAGGGAGGCCAAACAGCUGGGGGAUCCAUAGCAACCACUGAUAAACAUGAGUUACUACAGCAUCAGACCCUCCAGCUCCACCAGCUUCUCCUCUACCUCAUCUGCAAGUGCCCUGGAUGAUGACAACACCAGCCUCAGACAGCAGAAGUUGGAGAAGCAGAGGGCGCUGUUGGAGCAGAAGCAGCGGCGGAAGCGUCGGGAGCCCCUGAUGGUGCAGCCAAACCCAGAGGCCCGGCCCCGACGCACCCGGCCACCCCGCACUGAGGAACAGGCCCCCCUUGUGGAGUCCCGGCACAGCAUUACCAGCGAUGUCAUUGUUGAUGGUAUCGACGGCCCCGCUGCGUUUCUGGCGGCGGAGACCCCAGACCUGGGCACCAAGAUCCAGGUCCUGUCCGUCAGCCAGCCGCAGUCCCCGCCUGCCGAGGAGCCGGACAGGGACGGGGACACGGAGACGCUGCUGGAGCCCAAGACCGACAUCCACGAGCUGCUGCAGAAACGAGGGCUCUCGGGCAGCAUGAACUACGAUGAGGCCAGCGAGGAGGAAGAGGAGGAAGAAGAGGAAGAUCACGCCCGGUCCCUUUCUCCUCGUGCAGAGAGCUCUCGACCUGCCUCUGCCUCCAGCACCAAGUCGACCACUGACUACGUGGCCCCCGGGUCCCCGACUGCAGAGGGGCCCUCGAUAGAGGUGGACAACCUGGAGGAGUUCGUGCUGCGGCCUGCCCCCCGCGGGGUCACCGUCAAGUGCCGCAUCACUCGGGACAAGAAGGGCAUGGACCGCGGCCUGUACCCCACCUACUUCAUGCACCUGGAGAAGGAGGACGGCAGGAAGGUCUUUCUGUUGGCGGGCAGGAAGAGGAAGAAGAGCAAGACGUCGAACUACCUGAUCUCGGUGGAUGCCACAGACCUGUCCCGUGAGGGCGAGAGCUUCGUGGGGAAACUGAGGUCCAACCUCAUGGGGACCAAGUUUACGGUGUACGACAACGGCUCCAACCCCGCCAAGACGCCUGGCGCACUGCUGGAGGAGAGCAACACGAGGCAGGAGCUGGCGGCUAUCUGCUACGAGACCAAUGUGCUGGGGUUCAAAGGGCCUCGCAAGAUGACGGUGAUCAUCCCCGGGAUGAACAUGAACUUCGAGAGGGUGCCGGUGCGACCGACCAGCGAGCAGGAGAGCCUGCUGACCAAGUGGCAGAAUCACUCCCUGGACAACCUGAUCGAGCUGCACAACAAGGCGCCGGUGUGGAACGACGACACGCAGUCCUACGUGCUCAACUUCCACGGCCGCGUCACGCAGGCCUCGGUCAAGAACUUCCAGAUCGUCCACGACAACGACCCGGACUACAUCGUGAUGCAGUUUGGACGGGUGGCGGAAGACGUGUUCACGCUGGACUACAACUACCCCAUGUGCGCCCUGCAGGCCUUCGCUAUCGGCCUCUCCAGCUUCGACAGCAAGCUGGCCUGCGAGUGAGGGCCCGGCAGGGGGGCUCCGGCCUCCAGCUCUCUGCCCCCCCCCCCCCC